UUCUUAUUGCAAUGCUAGCAGUAUGAUUUGAGUUGUGACAAGCUACAUCACAUUACACUUUAGCUUGAUGUAUUUAGCUAGUUACUGUAUCAUUCCCCUUUCAUCUGUGGUAUCAUACCUAGCCUGGCUCGCUAGCAUUAUAAAAUAAUGUUGUAUAACAAAAAGUAUCUACCAAACUCGCCGGACCUGGUAUCUUGUCCAAAACAAACACUCAGAAUUUAACUGGUUUUAAUUCAUUGGCACGAUAGUCUGCCAAAUCUUGUUUUAAACGGUUUCAGAUCCCAGGUGACACUACAGACAGGACCAUGCUACCUUUUUACAUGAAUCUAAAUGUCUGCCUGAUCAUAGGUUGUCUGUGUGAAGUCAUUGUCACCAUGGCAUGGAGUUCCAACAGCACCAAGCUGGACAACACCACCUUGUCCCUGUUCCAGAACGUGACAGCCAGUACAGCAAUCUCCAUCAUCUAUAUUGUGGUCACCAUCAUCAACCUGGUAGGAAACAGCCUCUCCAUGUGGCUCCUCCUCUUCCAUACCUCUCCCAAAACUCCCUCCAUCAUCUUCAUGAUCAACCUGACCCUGACUGACCUGACCUUGGGCCUCGUCCUGCCCUUCCAGAUCAUGUAUCAGUUGCAGGGGUAUAAUUGGAGCCUGGGCCCGGACAUGUGCAGGCUCUUGACCCUGGUGUUCUUUGCCAACAUGUACUGCUCAAUUCUAACUAUGACCGCCAUCAGCGGAGACCGCUACCUGGGCAUCUGCCGGCCCAUGCUCUUCUGUGAGACCAGGGAAAGGAAGUCAUUCGCUGUGAUUGUCUGCUUAGCCAUGUGGACAGUCGUCCUAUUGGUCCUGUACCCACUCACUAUAACCGACCUGACGUUCCACGUUCCAGAACUCAGGAUUACCACCUGCUUCGACGUUCUAAAAAGGGACAUGCUUCCAUCCAUGGUGGCCUGGGCUGCCUUCCUCCUUGCACUGUUUGUCAUCCUCUUCUUCAUCCCGUUCUGCAUCACUGUUUUCUGCUACAUCAGCAUCAUCCGCAAGCUGGCCCGAGACUCCAAGACCAAACAGAAGGAUAAGGCUAUAGGUCUCGCCGUCACUGUCCUAACGGUCUUUACGCUCUGCUUCACUCCCAACAACAUCCUCCUACUGGCUCACACCAUCCGGAGGCUCUUCUAUGGGGAGUCCUUGUACAUGGCCUACAAGCUGACUCUCUCCCUCAGUUGCUUCAACAGCUGCCUGGACCCCUUCAUCUACUACUUUGCCUGUAGGGAGUUCCGGAAGAAGUUGAGGCAGAUGCUAAGGCUGAGAACACUGAGCAGUCUGGACACGGGGAAGACAGACCUGCACAGAGAGAGCCUGUACUCCGCCCAGUAUGUAUCUGAUGGACAGGGUGGAGAGAACAGCAGAGUGUCUGUUAAACAACACUGUUAAAAAACAGAGAGAGGGCCUUCCGAGUGGCGCAGCGGUCCAAGGCACUGCAUCGCAGAGGCGUCAUUACAGA